UCCUCGCCUCUGAUUCUGCGCACAGCCAGCCCCAAAGCCUGUCAUUCUGCAAAACACAGUUUACUCAACAGAGAGAGCGAGUGGGGGAGCGGGAGAGGUGGAGAGAGGGAGACGGCGCGGAGGAGCCCAGUCCCGCACCCCAGCAUGGCUUCGGGGGACCUUUACGAGGUAGAGAGGAUUGUAGACAAAAGGAAGAACAAGAAGGGCAAAUGGGAAUAUCUGAUUAGGUGGAAAGGCUAUGGGAGCAAUGAAGACACCUGGGAACCUGAACACCACCUGCUCCAUUGUGAGGAAUUUAUUGAUGAGUUCAACAGACUGCACGUUACCAGAGAGAAGCGAUCCCGGCACGGCAAACAGGGCAGUGCUCCCAAACUGCUGCGAGAAAGCCGAGGCUCGUCCGUGGAGAAAAUAUCACACAGACCUUCUGAAUCUGGGAAGUCUAAAGGAUCAACACACAAAAGGAAGAGAAUUAAUCCAUCUCAUCAAAAACAGAAACGAGGAUAUGCAGCAAAGCCAGGAUCUGCAAAUGACAGGGCUGCUAAAACUGUGACUUACCGAACUACUCCCAGCGGUUUACAGAUUAUGCCACUGAAAAAGCCACACAAUGGUCUGCAGAAUGGAGAUGGCAGCCAUGAGAAAGAUUCUAGACAUUUUGGGAAUGGCUCACAGCAGCAAAACGUGGAUUUAAAUGAUCACGAAGGAGAACAGAACUUGCCCAGCGUGUUGGAAGUCAGUAACAAUUCCCCUGUGGUGAAUGGAAUUGGUUCUUCUCUGGCCAAUGGAAGCUUGAAUCUACACAGCACUGUGAAAAGGAAACUUGAUGGAGAGAAAGAUUAUGUGUUUGAUAAGAGACUGAGAUACAGCGUGCGCCAAAAUGAAAGUAACUGUCGCUUCAGGGACAUUGUGGUCCGCAAAGAAGAUGGUUUCACUCAUAUUCUGCUGUCAAGUCAGACUUCAGAGAACAAUGCACUGACCCCAGAGAUCAUGAAGGAAGUUCGGAGAGCAUUGUGCAAUGCAUCAGCUGAUGACAGUAAACUCUUACUUCUCAGCGCAGUGGGAAGUGUAUUCUGUAGUGGCCUAGAUUACUCAUAUUUAAUUGGCAGGUUAUCCAAUGACAGAAGAAAGGAAAGCACUAGGAUUGCAGAAGCUAUAAGGGAUUUUGUAAAAGCUUUUAUUCAAUUUAAGAAGCCAAUUGUGGUUGCUAUCAACGGCCCUGCUCUGGGGUUAGGAGCUUCUAUUUUACCACUCUGUGAUAUCGUUUGGGCAAGUGAGAAGGCUUGGUUUCAGACACCAUAUGCAACAAUCCGACUCACUCCAGCUGGCUGCUCAUCAUACACAUUCCCACAAAUUCUGGGUGUUGCACUGGCAAAUGAAAUGUUGUUCUGUGGGAGAAAGCUGACAGCACAGGAAGCCUGCAGCAGAGGACUGGUGUCACAAGUAUUUUGGCCAACAACAUUUAGCCAAGAAGUGAUGCUACGAGUGAAAGAAAUGGCAUCCUGCAGUGCAGUGGUAUUGGAAGAGUCCAAAUGUCUCGUGCGGAGCUUCCUGAAAUCCGGACUUGAAGAGGUGAACGAGAAGGAGUGUCAGAUGUUAAAACAGCUGUGGAGUUCUUCCAAAGGACUGGAUUCAUUAUUCAGCUACUUGCAAGACAAAAUUUAUGAAGUCUGAUAUCUUGGCCUAACUUAAAGAGAAAUUGCUCCAGUAGUGACCAGAGUCAGACAUGACCAUGUUUGAGAAGCAGAGGCAAUGCAUCAGUGAGGAAUUUGUGACAGUGAUCCCAAUGCUGUGUGAGCUGCACAGCUGCUCGUAGCUGGUUUGAUUUUGUGUAACCAAGACGUGGGCAGGCGUUGAGUGCACGUAACCUGUGCAGAGGCUGCAUCUUUCACAUUGCUCAUCCACAUCCAACUCUACAUUCCAUAUGCUGAGAAGCACCACUGAGGCCCAGCAAGGCUCACCCCCCUGUAAGGGUUUAUUUUGUCUGUCCUUCUUAACUUAUUCUUGCUGUUGCAGCACACCAGGGCUGACACAGAGGGCUCAGUCUAAAAUCCGGGUCAGCGUGACCUUUGGUAGACCCAAAAACCAUACAUUAGAAAUAUGUUAAUUAUUUUUUUCUAAGUUCUAACAGUUUAAUGGAAAAAUCUGAUAAUUUAUAUGUAUAAUAUGUAAAGUUAGUUUACAAAAACUUCUAGAAUUUUUUUUCUUUGUUAAAUUUAUUUAACUUAUUUAUUUUGUGUUCAUAUUCAGUUGUUUAUUGAUCACAGAUCUUAUUUUCAUAUUACCCUUUUGACUGAAUUAAAGGUAUCACAUGAGAAUGCAAACACAUUUUUAGCAGCAAACUAGUAGAAAAAUAAAGAAUAUAUAGAAAACCCACAGAAUAUUGUGGGCAGUAAAUGAAACAGCCACGUGCAUGCUCCUCUAUGUGUAAAACUGUACAAAAAAAUGUAUGAAAACAGAUUCAUUUGCCAGGGUUAAGAGAAAAAAAAGUGGGUUCUGACACAGUGAGUCCCCCUUAAGUCUCUCUUCACUUUCUGCCUUCUUGAGGAGCACUGAAGGGCUCACCAACCAGAUGCUUUAUUUAAGUUUACUAUACUCCUGUUAGCCGAUACCAGUAACAGGGUGAGUGGUGCCCUUGCGUGGCAUCGUACUGUUUUUCAGGGUUGAACACCCCUUAUGGUCUGAAGUCUAAAAGCAAAUCCUUAUGAGCCUUAGUCUAGCUGCCUGAUUCCUCAGGUGUGAGAUAAUUUCUGCUCUGGAGGCCUUUGGGUGUGGGCCAGCAGUUUAUACAAGGUGCUAGGCAUUGAACUCAGUGGAGGCAGAGGUUUUGUUUUGCUUUUCCCAGCUCUCCACAUCUGGCCACCCCAGCACCUGUUACAAGAACUUCUGGCUAUCCAUAAAAGCAGUCCACAAUAAAGAAGGAAAAUCCUAUCUGCUCUUUUGGAAUGUGAUCCUAGUACUGUUCAGUGACACUGACAGACUUCUGAACACUGGAUGUCUCUCAGUUCUUUCCUGCCAUGGGCAGUUUGUGUGGAAAGGACAGGAGCAUGCUCUGAGACUUCACCUGCCAUUGUAGUACGCCCAAAUUGAAACCUCUUGAAGCAGAAGCUUUGCACAUUUGUUUGCUUUGUAAUUUGUGCACUUGCUCUCCACCCUUGAGCUCAGUGACUUAUUAUGAUUUAAACCUCUGCAAAUGAGGCUGCUCAGCUUUCUCUCUCUUAGCAUUUCCAUAAAGAGUUUCAACAAAGCCUUUGUAAAGUUAACAAACAGGUGAUUACAGUAAACAGUAGCCUUCAACAUAUUAAUGUAACAUUUCUUUUUCCACAAAUAAUUAGAAGUGCUGUUUUUAUGCCCUAAUUGUACCACUGAAUUUUAAGGAAAUCAUUACUCUAAAUGCAGAAGUUCUCAUGGCAAUUCUUCAUUAAAAAGACAGAAU